GAGCACAAGAGAAAGGUGGAACGCCUAUGCUCUGGUCAGUGUAAGAUCUUACCAGACUGUACAUUUAAUCAAAUUAGAACAUUUCUAAGAUAACACAUAUGGUUCUAGUUUGACCUUGGGGUCAGGGAGAAGAGAUCACAAAGAAACGUCCUUGUCGGAAGAGUUGGUUUACAGGUGUAUUUGGAAUGAAGAUGUCAAUGGUGAAACAGGCAGCAAUGGCUGUGGUAGCGAUGGGAUGCAUGGCCGUCAUCGCUCUAAUCCUCACAUUAGUUCAGCACCACUCAGUGGAUCUCCCCCAUCGCAUGCAGUAUGGGAUGGUGUUUGACGCUGGAUCCACACACACUUCUCUCUACAUGUACCGUUGGCCUGGCAACAAAGAAAACAACACUGGGGUGGUGUCACAGAUGCUGGUCUGUGAUGUUGAUGGAAAUGGUAUCUCUAGCUAUGCCCAGGACCCCCCUGCUGCAGGGCUCAGUCUGAGGAAGUGCCUGGACAGUGCACUGGCAGUCGUCCCUGCCAACCAGCUGAGGGAAACUCCUGUGUACCUUGGUGCUACCGCUGGCAUGCGACUCUUGCAGCUACAGAAUCAACCCCAGUCUGAUCAGGUUUUGGAGCAGGUAACCAAGGUGAUCCAGGGGUAUCCCUUUGACUUUCGGGGGGCACGGAUUCUCUCUGGGAUGGAGGAAGGGGCUUACGGAUGGAUCACCACCAACUAUCUACAAGAGGGCUUCAUCAAGCACGGCUUUGAGGGAGGAUGGGUGCGUCCUAAAGGAAGGAAGAUCUGGGGUGCCCUGGAUAUGGGAGGCUCUUCCACCCAGAUAGCCUUUACUCCCAGCCAGCCUGUACGGGACCCUGCCUCCGCCCUGGGACCCAAGCUCUAUGGUUACCAAUAUGAGGUGUACACACACAGCUACCUGUGCUAUGGCAAGGAGCAGACCAUGAGGCAGCUACAGGUUCAUCUUCUCAAGAUGAGUGGGUCUACCCGCCCAGUCAAGCACCCCUGCUACCACUUGGGUGACAACCUAACCCUGACUCUGGGUGACCUCUAUGACUCCCCCUGCGUGGCCAGACCCGUGACCUUUGACCCAGCCUCAGUGGUCACCUUCACAGGGACCAGUGAGCCACUUCAGUGUCUCAACCAGAUAAAGAACAUCACGAACCUGGAUGCCUGCUCCCUGGCCCCUGACUGUGGCUUCAACGGGGUCUACCAGCCCCCUGUCAGUGGAAACUUCUUUGCUUUCUCAGCAUACUAUUACACCUUUGACUUCCUUGGUCUGGCUCCUCAGUCCUCUCUGUCUCAGGCUACCACCACUAUAAACACUUUCUGCAAAAGGACCUGGAACUCGCUCAAGAAAGAGUAUGCUGUAAAAGACAAGUACCUUCGUGAUUACUGUGCCUCAGCCAACUACAUAAUGACAGUACUACUAGACGGCUACAAGUUCAACCAGACCUGGGGAAACAUAUACUUCCAGAGACAGGUGGCAGACACAGACAUUGGCUGGACGCUGGGCUACAUGUUGAACCUGACCAACAUGAUCCCCUCAGAGCUCCCCCUGGUGGUGACAGGUGUGCAGCGCAGCCAGUGGGCAGCAGAGGUCUUCUUCAUUGUGUUUGCUGUGUUCCUCAGCCUGAUGGUACUGGUCCUAAUGUGGCUCUGGAACCCACAGGACGGACAAGGCAACAAAUGACAAUCGAUGAAAUCACACUCUGAACGUCUCUGUCUUCUAGUCUAUAUAGUGAUGAGAUACAAUGUGAUACUGUGAUGUAACAGCAGCUAUCAAUAAGAUCGGAACGGAUCAGAAGAGUGUGGCAGCUCCUGGAACUCACAGUAAUAGUUCAAUAGUAAUAUUUUCUGUCAAUAUGACUAACUACGGAGGCAGUUGAAUGUAUUAUGAAUUUAUUAGGCAUUUAUAAGCUGCAUAGCUUGAUAUUUUUCAUGCAAAUAGAAACCCUACAAUUAUAAUAUAUAAGUAUCUAACAUAAAUGAAUAGUGUUGGUAUGAACGUAUACCUCAAAGAUUUUAAGUUUUCCCCGCCAUAAACAGUAAUUAAAGGAAGUACCAAAGGGAGGAUCAUUUCAAGUGUCACAUCACUAUUACUACAUGAUUUGUUCAACGCAUUUGAUAUAUUACAUUUAGAAAUAAAAUACAAUCACAAGGGCGUAUGAGGCACAAAUGUGUGUGUGCGCGUGUGUGCGUGCGACUGUGCUACAGAUUGGUACAUCUCACAGUCUUCUCCACCUUGAUCAGCAGCAGCCUGAUUUCUUCUUCGGGGGUUCUUUCUGCAACACCAAGCUUCCCUCUUCUUGUCGUGUCUCCUCCCCCAACUGCUUUAGCGUCCUUGAAGCAACGCACACCAAAUCAAUGCUUGACUAUUCACAGAGAGUCAUUUCCCACAAGCAGAAGAUGACAACACGCAAAAGAGACAACAGCCAAAUCCACACUACACAUACCAACAACAGCUUCUACAUUAAAGACCAGUCUGCAUGUCUUACCUUGCCAGCGUUUCCAUAGACAGAGUCACAUUGUCACCAGUGGCAGCACUACACUCCAUAAAGAGCAUGCCGUACCCCUGUAAGAGUGACAUCAAUAAUAGUAUUGUACUUAUGAUGAUUUAUUUAAAUCCUGCUUUGGUACACACCUCAAUUUCAGCACCAGCUACAAAACUGUAAAAUACCCAUUUAGAACACAUUCCUUACCACAUGUUAAUCCUACAGCCCAGUUGCCCAAAUUCUGGCUGUUCAAGUUACAGUAACAUACCGUUGCCAGGUUUUCCCCUUCAUGAGUCUGAACCUCUCGUUCUAGAUUAGCACAAUCGGCCUUGUUCCCAAGGAGUAUAACAAUGACGUCAUCUGGGGCCCCCUCCUACAAAUUACAAAGUUAAUGACAGUACAAUAGAUACCAAUGGAAAAACAGUGAAUCCUGCAAACAAUUGUUUGUGUUGUUACAUAGUUGUUCUUUGGUUAUAAAAUGAAACGCAUGAUUUAAAUGCCCCCUACCUGAACGCAGUUGACCCAGUAGCGGAUGUCACAGAAGCUCUGAGAGGAAGUGAUGUCAUACAUCAGCACUAGACCCUGGGCUCUGUGGAACACCUGCCUGGUGAUACUGUGAUACCUGGGGAAGACAGUAAAUAAUAAGAUGUUACAACAGCCUAAUAUGAAUGUAAUUAUAUACUGACAAAUAAAACACACACAUGAUGGGUUCAAAUAAGAACAGAGGAACAGAUUCUGUAUCGAUGCAUGAUGUACAAUGACCAACUGAUGAACUUAGGGCUAAGAGAGUCACCUUUCUUGACCUGCAGUAUCCCAUAACUGUAAAGUCACUGGGCUGCCAUCCACUGUCACAGGCUGUAUACAGGUAUCAAUACCUGCUCAGAACAGAUACAAACAAACAUGAAACCAGACAUGAAUGAGCAGCACAGUAACAUUGUACCAGGGUUUUUGUUUCUUCACACGAUCUGGAAGGGCAUGGUGCCAAACAUACAAAUAGGAUAAUGAUACUCACCAAUGGUAGCAUAGUGGUCCAUACAGAACUCGCCACUUUGGAAGCGCUUCAUGAAGGAGGUUUUGCCCACACUGCUGUUUCCAACCAUCACCACGUUGUAGGGGUUUGAUCUAGAGCCAUUGCUUCCUAAGGUACCUGGAGGCGGGGGAUCAGAGAGACUGGUCUAUUACAGUCACGAUCACUUCUCUCACUCAAAGUCAAGUGGAGCAAAGCGCCUCAUCAAUGCAUCUCCAGCAAAUGAAUACCAGGUCAAUUCACGUACUCAAGACUAACCUUAUAACCCUGUGUACCCCCUCACUGCUGCCAUUCAAUUCUUACCAGAUGGCUGUUUCUUCUUCUCUCUGGUGACCGGGCUCUUCUCCACACGCUCUGCCUUUUCUUGACCUCUUUUAUUCCCAUGGCCUGGCAGUGGAGCUGCAGCCACUUGUUCAGACCCCCCUCCACUCAAAGCAGUGCUUGAGGGAACAACCUUAGACAAAUAGAAAACGUUAUCUCUCAGAAAUACAAGGAUAUGCUAAUCUCUUCAACAUGAAAUGGGUGAUACUGUUGUGUGUUCAAUAUCCUACAUACUCUCUGGUACACACAGUUCGUAAAACAUUUAAAUGCAACAAAUUAGACGUUUAACAUACGUGCCUUCAGAAAGUAUUCGCAGCCCUCAACUUUUUCCAGACUUUGUGUUACACCCUGAAUCUAAAAUAGAGCAGGUUGAAGUUUCUCUUCACCUUGGAGGACUAUUGUGUUAUUGAAUGACUCAAAAUCCUCUGUGAUGGUUGAAGCAUCUGACUCAAAGAAUUGAUCUGACAAAUACCCAGAGCUGGGAAAUGUGAAGGACUCAGCAUGCUCAUUUUACUGCCUCCUCUCUUCCGGUUUCUUCCACAUCCUGUGCUAUUGUGUCACUGGCUUACACACAAUACUCCAUAAUGUGAAAGUGGAAUUAUGUUUUUUUUUUA